GGAAUCAAUCUAAAAGCAGAAAGACAGCCAAGGCGCACCAAUAUACAACAACUCGAUCUAAAAUAAAAAGAGAGUUUGAAAGUUAACAGGGAGUGCAUUAAAAAUCUUCUUCCAAAGACAAAAUUGGUCUCGAACAAACAAAGAUGGGAAAACCAGAAAUCUCUCUACGACUGUUCGAUCUCUCCGAUGUUGACGACUUCAUGGUAUGGGCGACAGAUGAUCGGGUCUCACAUUUCUGUCGAUGGGAUACCUAUACAUCUAAAGAAGACGCUCUAGAUUUUAUAAGAAACAUCGUAAUACCUCAUCCAUGGUUCAAAGCAAUUUGUAUUGACAACAAACCAAUUGGUGCAAUUUCAGUUGAAGCCAAGGAAGGCGAAGAUCGAUGUAGAGGUGAGAUUGGUUAUGUCCUUGCAUCUGAACAUUGGGGUAAAGGUAUUGCAACUGUAGCAGUGAAGAUGGUUACGGAGACUAUAUUUAAAGAUUGGCCACCUUUAGAAAGACUCGAGGGUUUUGUUGAUGUUGAAAAUAAAGGUUCACAAAAGGUCUUGGAGAAAGCUGGUUUCCAGAAAGAUGGUGUGUUUAGGAAGUAUGUAAUUCUAAAGGGUGUAACUAGAGAUAUGGUGAUCUAUAGUUUCUUAUCAACUGAUCAUCACUCUUGAUUUAUUCCUGUGCCCAUAGAGUUAAGCUCUGGGAUUUGCGUAUUGUUGUUGUCAUUUGUAAUUCUCAGUCAAAGGCUGGUCACUGAUCAUCCAUUGUGGAGAGUCAGUGCGUCUGGUUAAGUCGUUUGCUUUAACCGCCGUGUGAUGUUAAGGUUGAUAAAUAAAAUUAAAAAAAAAAAGUCAAAUAGGGAGGCCCUUGUGACAUACUGCUUUCAUUUCUGAAAAAGAGAUAUUAUCAU